UGGACGCCUACCGCCGCCUCCGGCUGGGCGCCCGGCCGCAUCGACGUCAUGGGCGGCAUUGCCGACUACUCGGGUUCACUUGUGCUCCAGCUGCCGACGCCCGACCGCGGCAACCUCGCGUUUGUGGCCCGCAGUCCUACCGACACCGGCUGCGAGCCUCAUCUCUGUGCCUCAUCGACCUGCGCCGAGCCAGCAUCGUUUGCCCUCCCGAUUGCAAGCCUGGUCGAGUGCGCCUCGCCCUCUGACGUCCGCAGCGCACUCGCCGCUGCCGCCGCACCACGUUGGGCCAUGUAUGCGCUCGGCGUCGUCGGCCUCCUCCACGCCGAGUCGUGGAUCGAUCUCGGCGCUGAGCCGGGCGCAGACCUGCUGCUGGCCAUCGCAUCGAACCUGCCACAGGGGAAGGGCCUGGCGUCGUCGGCCUCGGUCGAGGUUGCGGUUGCCAAGGCCUGCGUCGCCGCCUUUGGCGCCGCCCUCGACGACAAGGCCCUCGCCCUCCUGUGCCAGCGAGUCGAGAACUUUGUCGUCGGCGCCCCGUGUGGCAUCAUGGACCAGCUUGCCUGCGCGCUUGGCGCGCCCGGAGCGCUCCUCGCCAUCGUCUGCCGGCCGGCCCAAAUUGACGGCCUCGUUGCUAUCCCGCCCGGCCUCACCGUCAUCGACGUCGACUCGGGCGCAUCCCACGAGCUCGCCGACUCCGGCUCGGCCUAUACCGUCGUUCGCGCCGCCGCGUUCAUCGGCGCCAAGCUCCUCGGCGUCUCCUGUCUCACCGCCGAUGUCACCGUUGCGCAGCUUGACGCUCUUCUGCCGACCCUCCCCGAGACUCUCGAAGCCGACGGCUUUGUCGCCCGCUUUGGCAGCCUCGACGCGCACCUCGACGCCGGCGUCACCCCACUCGAGGCCGGCGUCGCCUAUCCGGUCCGAGCCUCGGUCGCCCAUGCCGUCCGCGAGCACCAGCGGGUUCGCCUCUUCCGGCAGCUGCUGGCGACUCCUGUCCCGGCCGCCGAGACUAAGGCGCUGCUCGGCGAGCUCAUGCUCGCCUCGCACGCCUCCUACACCCGCCUCGGCCUCGGCAGCGCUGCCACCGACGCCAUCGUCACCCGCGCCGUCGCGCUCCCCGGCGUUUGGGGCGCAAAAGUCACCGGCGGCGGCGGCGGAGGUGUGGUCGCUAUCCUCUGCGACGAUCAUGCCGUCGAGCUUGUCCGCUCUUCGUUUUCCUAA